UGGCCCCAGCCCGCCCCUCACAGUGCCAUAAUUAGACGCUCAUUCCUCCAGUCACGCUGCAACUGCGACUCACCCAACUCCAUCACAUCCACCUCUCUCUGCCUCGGACUUUUUGAAAGGAGCUCUGCCACUAAUUCGCUUACCCUGCAGAAUAAGUGACUUUGAGACGUUCGGAAAUCUCUUUUAUCUCUUUAUUUGAAUUCACUUUGCCUCAAUGGGUCCGUGUGUGGUGCUGCUCUGCUCUCUGUUCGGAGUUCUCCUUGGCCAAGGAGCAGAACCGAUCUCGAUGGAAGACUGCUGUAAGGAUGGUCAGAAGAGGAGUUCUGAAAACCAAGACUGCACGUCCCUCCCUCUGAUCUCGGGGUCAACCACAUGCAUGAUUGUGCAGGAGCAGUGCUGUGUUGCAGUCCUGGAGGAUAGCAUGUGCAACACUGGCAUCAACAUGGCCAAAGACCUGGGAGCGUGCGAUUCUUUGUUCACCAACACCUGUGAGACCAAGACUACAAAGAUGUGCUGUGACUGUUGUCUUCUGGGGAAGGCCGCCAAGGGGCAGGGCCUUCCUUGUGACCACAACCUGUCCGUGGGCUACCAGUGUGGUCUGGUAUCCAGGGCUUGCUGCGAGUUUAUAGCCCAAGACAACCCGGUUGCAGCCGCUGGACGAAUUGAAUUACCAAACCAGGAUGAAACCGAGGAAAAUGGAGAUAAUUCAGUGCUAAGUGAUCCGUGUGAUGGGAAGUGUGCUCAUAUCUGUGUGGGCAAUAUGACCUGUGCAUGCACCAAAGGUUACAAACUCAAACCAGACGGAAGGAGCUGUGAGGAUAUCAAUGAGUGCCUGCUGGGAGCCAGUAACUGCCGUGUAGGAGAACGCUGUAUCAACCUGGAGGGCUCUUUCCGCUGUCAGAGAGAGGUCAGCUGUGGCACCGGCUAUGAACUCACUGACACCAACAACUGCAAAGAUAUUGACGAGUGUGAGACUAUGAUCCAUAACUGUGGACCAGAGUUUGAUUGCCAAAAUACACAGGGGUCGUUUCGUUGUCUCCCGAAGACAACGUGUGGACCUGGCUUCAUCCAGGAUGCCCUCGGCAGCUGUAUUGAUAUCAAUGAAUGUGUGAGUCAGGCGGGCCCAUGCCAAAGAGGGCACAUCUGCAUUAACAACGUUGGCUCUUACACCUGCCAGAGGAACUCUGUGAACUGUGGACGAGGAUACCACCUCAAUGAGGAGGGCACACGCUGUGUUGACAUUGAUGAGUGUAAAGGCCUUGAGAAGGUCUGUGAGGGUCAUGGCUGUAUUAACCUGGUGGGCUCGUACCGCUGCGAGUGUGAGUCUGGAUACAUCUUCAACAGCAUCAGCAGAGUCUGUGAGGAUGUAAAUGAAUGCAGGCACUACCCCGGCCGCCUGUGUGCUCAUAAGUGUGAGAACACUCUGGGGUCAUACAAGUGUAGCUGCACUACCGGCUUCAAGCUUUCAGCUGAUGGCAGGAAUUGUGACGAUUUGAAUGAAUGUGAGGCGAACCCAUGCAGUCAAGAGUGUGCCAACGUGUACGGCUCCUACCAAUGUUACUGUCGCCGUGGCUACCAGCUCAGUGACAUCGAUGGCAUGACAUGUGAAGACAUAGAUGAGUGCGCUCUGCCCACUGGAGGUCAUAUUUGCUCUUAUCGCUGUCACAACACUCCUGGCAGCUUCCACUGUUCCUGCCCCGCCAACGGCUACACUUUGGCUCAGAAUGGGCGCAGCUGUCAGGAUGUUGAUGAAUGUGUGGCAGGACUACACACGUGCACAGAGAAUGAGAGCUGCUUCAAUGUACAGGGAGGAUUCAGAUGCCUGUCCUUUGACUGUCCCGGCAACUACAGACGUGUGGGAGACACUCGAUGCGAACGCUUGCUUUGCAAUGGCUCUUCGGACUGCCUGACCAUGCCAUUGAAAAUAACCUACUACUACCUCACCUUCCCCACCAACAUCCCCGUCGCCACCAACAUCUUCCGCAUGGGCCCCUCCCAAAGUGCGCUUGGCGAUGUCCUCCAGAUUGCUAUCAUUGCUGGCAACGAGGAUGGUUUCUUCAAGACGGGGCGGGUGCCCACCGGCGGUGUGAUGUCGGUGGCAAAGCUCAUCAAGGAGCCGCAGGACUUUGAGCUGUCUGUGGAGCUAAGCCUAAAGCGCUACGGCGCAAGUAGCACUUACCUCGCUAAAGUGCUGGUGUUUGUUACCCAGGAGGAGCCUAGAGUUCCUUACAACCCACUUCUAGAAUAAACACCAGAGUUAUGCAAGGUUACACACAAGCUGUUACACUCUUAAAAAACGAUGUGUCAUUUUAAAUGCUCCAACAAAGUUUCCAAAACCAAAAUAAGCAAAAUACAUCUCAGAUAACCAUAAGUUAUGUCUUUUGAAAUCUAAAGUAUGCAGUAACAUUCAAAUGAUUGCAGAACAUAUGACAAAGAUAGAUGCAGAAAAAAUAUGUUGUACUCUUUAUAUGUGUAGCAUACUCACCCACAUAGAUGGUAUCUUUGUUUACAGAUUCUACAUAAAAAUUAUAUAGGGUCUGGAUUUGUAGCAUGGGGAGUGUUCUGGUUUCCCUUUGUAGUACAUUUGAACAGACCAAUCACAUUUCAGCAGGCUUUAGUUGCAUGCAGGAAAAACAGUCCGUGUGGAGAGCAAAAGCAGGUGUAACACAUACCAAUGUAAUAACACCCCAGCUCCCAUCAGCAGUGAUUUGACUAUGAUUUAUUAAUCUCUGUAAACAGAUACCUUCCCCAGAUCAGGACGGAUUUGACAAAGUUAGGAUUUUGUAGAAUGUUUUUAUAUAUUGGCAAACUUAAAACCUCUAAAUUGUAAGUAAGUCACAAGAAAAUAUGUUUUUGUGUUCAUACUGCUGAAGUGAGCCAGAGUGAAAUGUACAGUGGGUACGGAAAGUAUUCAGACCCCUUCACUUUUUCUAAAUUUUUUUAUGUUACAGCCUUAUUCCAAAAUGGAUUAAAUUAUUUUUUUCCCUCAACAUUCUCCACACAAUACUCCAUAAUGACAAAGUGAAAAAUGUUUUGUAGAAAUUUUUGCAAAUGAAUUAAAAAUAAAACACUCAAAUAUCGCAUGUGCAUAAGUAUUCAGACCCUUUAUUCAAUACUUUGUUGAAGCACCUUUGGCAGUGAUUACAGCCUCCAGUCUUCUCAAGUAUGAUGCUACAAGCUUAGCACACCUGGAUUUGGGGAGUUUUUCACAUCCUUCUUUUCACAUCCUUUCAAGCUUGAUGAGGUUGGACGGGGAGCGUCAGUGCACAGCUAUUUUCAAGUCUUUCCAGAGAUGUUCAAUCAGGUUCAAAUCCGGACUCUAGCUGGGCCACUCAAGGACAUUCAGAGACUUGUCCUGAAGCCACUCCUUUGUUAUCUUGGCUGUGUGCUUAGGAUCAGUGACCUGUUGGAAGGUGACCCUUUGCUGCAGUUUGAGGUCCAGAGCGCUCUGGAGCAGGUUUUUGUCAAGAGUCUCUCUGUACAUUGCUGCGUUCAUCCUUCCAUUGAUCCCACAAGUCUCGGAAACAGAAUGCAGCUGAGUUCAAUUCUGAGUUUCAAAGCAAAGGCUCUGAAUACUUAUGCACAUGCGAUAUUUGAGUGUCUUAUUUUUAAUUCAUUUGCAAAAAUUUCUACAAAACAUUUUUCCCUUUGUCAUUAUGGGGUAUUGUGUGGAGAAUGUUGAGGGAAAAAAGGAAUUUAUUCCAUUUUGGAAUAAGGCUGUAACAUAACAAAAUGUAGAAACAGUGAAGGGGUCUGAAUACUUUCUGUACCCACUGUAUGUCUCCUGAUGAAUUGCCUACAAGUACUUGAAACAGAUGAAAUACGUUCCUAUCCCAGGAAUGUAAUAAACCAAAGAAAUGACAGCACUUACAUGUGCAACAUAAAGGCAGCAUGUAAAUUCCUCAUAAACUGAACUUCCACUGCAAUUAACAGUGAUGAUUACUGCUUAAAAACCCACUUUUCAUGCAGGGAAAAGGAAGCAAUUGCUGAUUGGUUCUGAGAUUGCAUUGAUGGUAAAGGGAGGUACAUUCAAAUACAAAUAUACAGGUAGAGAUUAUUAUAAGAUCAGAAUUUUUUUUCACAACCAGUCAUCACUUACAUUUCUUUCAUUCUUGUUUUUUGCAAUUUACACAUUAGGUAACUGUUUUGGCUUAUUUCCUGAGUAUUGUGUUAAGAUGACACAUCAUUUUUUAAGAGUGGAUUUAAAAAUAACAAAGUAACACAAAAUCAGAAGCUCAGUUUUUAGUACUUUAGCAUUUUACUUAAUCAGCUGUUAACAGUAGAAAUAAGGAUCAAUACUCAGCAGUCUAAAUGAGGUCCACUUGAAUGUAUUGUCUUGGAGGUAAGGCUUCCUGAUAGCCGCUAGGUGGCGUUCUAGGUCAGGGUAAAUAAUGUCAUGGUUAAGUUUUGAGUCUGUCUAUGACUGAGUGUAAUUUGAUGAUGGUUGCAUGAUACAGUCUGACGUUUUCAGUAUUUUAUGGUUUAUGUGUUGGAUGAACAGUUUUCUAUUAAAUCUGAAAUAGAAAUAA